AAGUGCGCAGGCAGUGCUCGCGGCGGCGGCGACGGCGGCGGGAGGUUCGGUUGUCGCCCGUUGGCCGCGCGGCGCCGCGUUCGGCGGCCGCCAUUGCAGCUUAUUUUCAGUUGCUUUUUAAAGACAGAACGCUCAUGGUGCAAAUUGUUAUUUCUAGUGCGGGGGCUGGAGGCCUGGCAGAAUGGGUGCUGAUGGAGCUACAGGGGGAGAUCGAGGCUCGCUACAGCACUGGAUUAGCUGGAAACCUCCUGGGAGACCUACAUUACACCACUGAGGGAAUCCCUGUGCUGAUCGUGGGGCAUCAUAUCCUGUAUGGGAAAAUCAUCCACCUGGAGAAACCUUUUGCGGUCCUUGUCAAACAUUCUCCCGGGGACCAGGACUGUGAUGAGCUUGACUGCGAGACUGGCACUAAGUACCUGGUGACAGCACUCAUCAAAAACAAGAUCCUUUUCAAAACCCGCCCCAAACCCAUUAUCACCAACGUCCCCAAGAAAGUAUGAAAGAACCCCGGAUUUUCCCUCGAGAGCGGCCUACUCCUUGGACUCGUGCUCCACUGCCACCUCGAGGACGGCUCGACAGCUCCCUGGGACCACAGGGAGGUCCUGUUCUGAAUACAGGCCACCCAUUGGGUGUGAACUCGGAUCCCUUUCUCAUGGCAGCCGGUUCUCUUGGUGGAAAUUUGGCCCCAUUUCCAAGGAACCCAUCUCGUUUUCCAACUUCAUCAGGCUCAUUGGCUUCAAAUCCAGCACCUUUCCCUGCUGGUGUUCGUGACCCAUGCAUGGCUUCUUUUCCAAGAGGGAUGAAUCCCACUGGCACAGGCGCAGUUUCUUUCCCAAGGCCUGGUGGCCUUUUAGGCCCAGGCCCUGGCCCAGGCCCAACUCUAAACCCUAGGACAGGGGCUCUUCCAGGCCCAGGGCCUUUGUCUAACCCCAGGUUAGGAGGUCUCCCAGGACCUGGUCCUACACCCAAUCUGAGGGCAGGUGGUCUUUUGGGAGCAGGUCCUGACCCCAGAAGUGGUGGGCCCAUGGGCCCUGGAUCUGGACCCAACCUGAGA